AUGAAUGACAUAAGCAGUCAAGAAAUCAAACCUGAGACCAUAAAAUUAGCAUCAACACCUUUCUCAUCUGAAUAUCUACCUUCUUCCUGUGAACAUCUUCCAUCUUUUAUAAAAACAAACACAUCUCAUCGUGAAUUUUAUAUUACAAGCCCAAAGUCCCGUGAAUUGACAAUUUUUCACUGGUUCUCCUUAACAUUUUCAAAUAUCAACGUAUCAUGGGAGACUAUUUCUCAAGAUCUCUGUCCUUAUCCACCAGAACUUUAUACUUUUUUCCAACGGAUAUUUGAAAAAUUUGCUCGUAAAAGUGUUCCUGGUCUGACUGAAUGGCCUAAAGGCUAUGCACCAUGUUGGCUUUGGUCCAAGAAUGAUGAAUGGGGGACUUGUGCUAAUGGUGCAAAGUAUCGCCUAACUACUAAUUACACUCAAUGGCGAGAUGUUGACAUAAUAUAUUUUGACUAUCCAUUCUUUUUAAAGAUAGAUGAACCUCCCUAUUAUGAUAUGAAACAAAUGCCCCCUCACAAAGCUGGACAAGUUUGGUGGUUUCGGUUCUCAGAUGAAGGAUUAGGUUAUUAUUGGUUCGUUGGUCUUGGGAAUUUUCUUAAUUUGUUCGAUAUGACCAUGGGUUCUCCUGCUGAUUUCUUUGACAUCUUCCAACCGGCAUAUGGAAUAUAUAAAGGUCAUAUUCCCAAAUUUUAUGAAUCUCAUAUAACAUUUAAUGAAAAAAAAAAUGAUGUUUUAAUUUCCUGGAUGGUUGGGAAUUGUGAUCCUGUGAAUAAUCGUAGUGAUUAUGCUUAUGAACUAAUGCAGCAUAUAACAGUUGACUCAUUUGGAUAUUGUCUCCAUAAUAAAGAAUUACCAGAUCAAAUUCGUGAGAAAUAUGGUAUUAAAAAAAAUGGUGAUACUGCAUAUUAUUCAACCAAUAUGUAUGAUGUAAAAAUAGAUGUUCUCUCUCCAUAUAAAUUUCAUCUUGCUUUCGAAAAUUCAAAUUGUAAAGGUUAUGUCACUGAAAAAGUUUAUGAUUCUUUCUUAGGUGAUUCUAUCCCUAUUUAUAUGGGUGCACCUGAUAUUGAUGAUUAUGUUCCUCCACAUUCAAUUAUAAAAGUUACUGAUUUUGAAAAUGUUGAAGACCUCGUUAAAUACAUUUAUAAGGUAGCAAAUAAUCAAACAUUAUAUGAGAGUUAUUUCGAGUGGAAAAAAGAUAAGACUUAUGAGAAUUUCUGUAAGCUUUGUCGUCAGACUGAAGAACAAACAAUUUGUAGGUUCUUUGAUAGGGCUUUAUGGGUCUGA